CAACUCCCAGCCGAGAAGACGCCCUCAGGCAGGACGAACACUACAAGAAACAAAGAGAGGUGGGAGAUAUAACCACGAACACUACCAGACAUGCCGGCCCGAACUUCGACGAGGUCUAGCCGGACCUCAACAGCCGUGUCGCGCAAAUCCUCAACCGCCAGCUUCAACCCACGCGGUUCGACGGCGUCACGGGCGUCAUCCGCCCAAGUCGAAGUCCCAGAGGAAGCCCCAGACAACGCGCUUCGAACACAGGUUACGGCGGUAUUCCGUGAUGCCCAGCGGACGACGGCGACCCACCGGAAACUCGCCGUGACCCUGCGAAAGGUCCAGGAAGCAUGCUGCUACGAACCGACUAGCGUGAAGAAGUCGGCAGCGUCCGAAUUUGACGAGGACAGCUUUAAUAUCGAGUUUGUCCGGUGCGUCUUGAGAGUCAUGCCGGUGAAGAAGACUGAGGCUGUCGGGGAGAAGACGGUUCGCUUCAUUGGCCUUUUCCUUCGCCACUCCAUCGACAAGGACAACGAGGUCAUGGGCGAAGUCGACGAGGAUGCUAGUACCAUGCCUGAGACCCCCAGCACCAGACUCACGGCGCACCUGAUGGACACCAUCCUGCCCUUGCUUACUGCCAAGGACAAGUUUGUGCGAUACCGCUCGACACAGCUCAUCUCCCACAUCAUCAACUCUCUGGACGCCAUUGACGACGACCUUUUCCAGAAGCUGCGCUCCGGCCUGCUCAGGAGGAUCCGUGAUAAGGAGGCUAUGGUUCGCGCGCAGGCCGUGCUCGGCCUGGGACGGCUUGCGGGGAACCAGAUCGACGCCGAGCCAAAUUCCGAGGACAGCGACGACGACGCCGGGACUGGCCUCCUCGAGAAACUCCUGGAGGUGCUGCAGAACGAUCCUAGCGCCGAUGUCAGGAGAUCGCUGUUGGUGAAUCUGCCUAUCUUGCCGAACACCUUGCCGUUUCUCCUCGAGAGGGCGCGGGAUCAGGACGCCCUGACCCGUCGGGCCGUUUAUUCACGCCUCCUGCCCGCGCUGGGUGACUUCCGACAUCUCUCCCUAUCCAUGAGGGAGAAGUUGCUCAGAUGGGGUCUCCGAGACAGAGACGAGAACGUCCGCAAGGCGGCCGGGCGGCUGUUCCGCGAGCGGUGGAUCGAAGACUGCGCCGGGACUGCUCCACCGGCCGAGGGCCAGGCUGCCGAGCCAUCGUCGCCCAGCCUUGAGGGUCUGCUGGAGCUGCUGGAACGCAUUGACAUCCUCAACUCCGGGGUCGAGAAUGGCGUGGCGCUGGAAGCAAUGAAAGGCUUCUGGGAGGGCCGCCCCGACUAUCGAGAAGCAAUCGUUUUCGACGACAACUUCUGGGAGACACUGAGCGCAGAGUCUGUGUUUAUGGCCAGGAGCUUCAAUGACUUCUGCAGGACCGAGGGCGAUGGGAAAUACGAAUCUCUGGUCGAGGAGAAGUUGCCAGAGGUCACCAAGGUCGCUUUUUAUCUUGAACGAUACAUUAAGGUCCUGAUUGACGCCAUCAAGCGGACAUCUGAGCAAGAGGUUGACGACGAAGAAGAGGAAGAAGAUACGGUGGAACAGGAGUUCAUUGUUGAGCAGCUGUUGCACAUCGCCUUGACCUUGGAUUAUUCGGAUGAAGUUGGCCGUCGGAAGAUGUUCUCGCUGCUCAGACAGACCCUGUCCAUCCCAGAACUCCCCGACGAGGUCACGAAGCUCACCGUCAGCGUCCUGCGUGACCUCUGCUCCCCUGAUUCCGCGGGCGAGAAGGAGUUCUGCAGCAUUGUUCUCGAAGCCGUCGCUGAUGUCCACGACACGAUCGCUGAUGAGGCGGCCGAUGAUGUCGAUGAGAGUUUCCAUUCGGCAAAGUCGGAAGUCAGCAGUGACAGCACUCCUACCAAGAACGGCAAGGCUAAGAACUCUGAGCUCUCGGAGGAGGAGGCGCGCGACAAGGCAGUCAGGGAGAUCAUGAUCAACAUGAAGUGCCUGCAUAUAGUCCAGUGCAUGCUUUCCAACGUUGCCGGCAACCUCCAGCAGAACGACCAUCUUGUUGCGAUGCUGAACAACUUGGUGGUUCCCGCUGUGCGAAGCCACGAGGCGCCCGUCCGUGAGCGUGGCUUGCUCUGCCUUGGCCUCUGCUCGCUGCUGGAUCGGUCUCUGGCUGAGGAGAACCUCACACUCUUCAUGCAUUUCUUCAGCAAGGGCCACACCGCCCUGCAGAUUACAGCGCUGCGUAUCUUGACCGACAUCCUGAACGUCCACGGUGCCCAGCUCCUGACGUCCAACCCGACCCUGCUCAAGAUCUACAUCAAGGCGCUGAGGUCCGGCUCCAAAGCCCCGGAAGUCCAGGCCGUCGCCACGGUCGCGGUAUCGAAGCUCCUCCUCGGCCGGGUCGUCACCGACCGCGAAACCUCGGCCGAACUGCUCAGAACGCUGGUGAUCGCCUACUUCGAGCCCGCCAGCGCGGGCAACCAGAGCGUCCGGCAGGCGCUGAACUACUUCCUGCCCGUGUUCUGCUACUCGCGCGCGGAGAACCAGGACCUGAUGUGCGCCGUCGCGCUCGACGCGCUCCACGCCCUGUACAACGUCCGCGAGGGGUUCGAGGACGACGACGCGGACGUCGAGGACGAGAUGGUCAGCCUGUCCACCAUCGGGGCCUGCCUCGUCGACUGGACGGACCCGAGGAAGUGCUUCUCGCCCGGCGCCGCCGUCGACGCCGAGAAGAAGGUCGUCAGCGGCGACGUCCACCUGGACUUUGCGAUGAAUGUUAUAGAGAAGCUGAACGGAAACCUCACCAAAGAAGAGAAGAAGACCAUCGCACCUCUUCUGGGCAAGCUCUACAUCUCCCCCGCCUCGUCCGAGGACAAGGUCAGGGACGCGUACGCGGCCGCGUCCGACGCCGUCGACGCGCAGCUGCUGUCCGACGCCGCGGGCAGGAACGCGCUGUACAAGGUCCACGUCGGCCUCGGCAAGAUUGUCAACACGCUCGACGUCCGGGACGCGGGCGCCGCCGCUGUCGCGGGGACGACGGCGACGAGGAGGAGCAGCGCAGCCACCAGCGUCAGCCGCGGGGGGUCGGUAGGCGUGGAGGAUAGGACUGUUGUUGAGGAGAGGACGGUGGUGUUGCCGGAGGCGGAUAUUAAGGAGGAGGAGGAGGAGGAAGUGGAGCUGGAAGAGGUGGCGGAGGAGGGAGAGGAGGAAGAUGUGGACAGUGAUGAGGGGACUGUCGUUCGUCGUGACGAUGCUGACUCGCUGGUUGACGAGUUGUUGACUGAUGAGGAGACAUGAUAGGAUGAAUGACGGGGUUCAUUGGUUUUCUUUUUCUGUUCUGUUCGAAUAAGGUGGCGGAUCCAGGACUGGGCAGUAUGAUUUUCUACGAACGGGCUGUAAUCGUCAAAUGCUAUCGUCGUUUUACACGGCGUGUAUCUUCAGGGAGCUUCGAGGUUGAGUGGGUGGUAUCUAUUUAUUACUGAUGCUCUAAGUGCCAUGCAAUCCAGAGCAAUGUGUAAUACGGUAGGGGCUGAGACUGAUAUAUAAUACACUGAGCCGGCGA